AUGAACAAGUACGAGAUCCUAGGCGUCUCUGGGGAAGGAGCAUAUGGAGUCGUUUUAAAGUGCAGGAAUAAGGAGACAAACGAGCUGGUUGCCAUUAAGAAAUUCAAAGAUACGGAUGACCCAGAAGACUCUACUUUCAAGAAGACUACACUCCGGGAGGUCAAGAUCUUGAAAAACGCGCAGCAUCCUCAUAUAGUAUGUCUCAAAGAGGCUUUCAAGCGCAAGCAACGGCUCUAUUUAGUCUUUGAAUAUUGCGAGAAAACCCUCUUAGAAUUGAUAGAAGACAGUCCUGGCGGGAUUCCAAUAGAAACUGUUAAGCUUCUAACCUUUCAGAUGCUUCGUGGUGUCGAAUUUUUGUGGGAGUUCAUGGAGAUAUGUCACAGAGAUUUGAAGCCGGAAAAUCUUCUUCUAGUCAAGAAGCAUGGUGAGUGGACAUUAAAGCUCUGUGAUUUUGGCUUUGCGCGCCAUAUAAACGGUGCCCAAACGGCUGGAGCUGCUGGGAAUUUUCCUCAGUCUAAUUUGACAGACUAUGUUGCCACUAGAUGGUACCGCUCUCCGGAGCUCUUACUGAACGCUACUGACUAUAACCAAACAGUUGAUAUAUGGGCGGCGGCCCUCAUAAUAUCAGAAAUGAUCACAUCAGAGCCUCUCUUUGCCGGGGACAGUGACGUGGAUCAGCUGUACUUGAUUCAGCGUGUACUCGGAAACCUUACUCGGAAGCAGAUGGAAAAGUUUUUGCGAAAUCCCAAAUUCAUCGGCGUGGAGUUUCCUACCUCGCGGCCCGAGGGACUGGAGAAGAAGCUUACAGGAAAAAUAAAAGACAAGCAAGCAAUCUCUCUUCUCAAAAUGAUGUUGAAGAUGGACCCUGCGGAAAGGCCGAGCGCAACACAGUGUCUAGAUCACGAGUUUUUUGAUUCUGUACGUCAGCGAGCGCUUCAGCUUGAAAUGAAGUGCAUGGAAGACAUGGGUAUUCGUCCCCUUGUUAAGGAGCCCCAGUACUCAUCAAACACAUUGUCAGGAGACAUAAGCAGCACACAACUUCAGCAAAAUCUUCAACACAACCUACACACUACUUCAUCCCAUUCCAUUAAUCCCACCGCACAGUCAGGGCAGAAUAUUGGGGCCAGCAGCUUAGGCAUCGGGUAUCCAGCAACUACGGUACCAACUUCUUCUGGGAAGCCUGGCAGCAGUCACUCCACCUAUCAUACAAUAGGACCAUCAGGUACGACUAUGGGCGUGUCAAAUAUUACUGGACCUAUGGUCAUGUCUAAUUUUGGUCAGCAUCAUACAAACUAUCCUGCACACAGCGUGCACAACACUGUUAACUAUCAUUAUCCUGUCCAGCAAUCCCUGUCCCCAGCUGCUGCACAAGCGCGAGCUAUCUCAAAUGCAACCAGACAGUCCCACUAUGCGCUGAAUGUUGAAGACAGUGGACUUCCGUUUCUUCCUGCGUCCCGGUCAGGGUCUCGAGCAGCGAAGGUUCGAGAAGCACCGUCCAGGGGUAAUAGCCUGACAGUAAUGAAUGUUGGUGGCAAUAAUAUGUUUCUAAACCCUCCUAAAUAUGGUAUCCCCAAGAAUCCCCAGUCACGGGGAGCACUCCUCCCCAAAAUACGAGACACACGUUAUUGA